AUGCUUCCAGAAAACGGAGGCUCCACCGACAGACGCCCAGAUAGCCUUUCAAAUCAGGGACAAAUUGCUGUUCCUUCUCAUGACAUUGCUCCUUCGCAUCACAAGAGCAGUCUCCUUCGAUCCACUUUCGCGAGAAUGAGACAGGUGGCGACUGGAACAAUGAAUUCUUCCUCUUCCUCGACGACGACGACGACGACGACAACUCCAGCAGGGAACGCUGCCACCACCACCUCCUCCUCCUCGUCACCCCUUGCCACCCCCUCGAGUGGAGCGUCGGCCACUUCGACAUCUGCUACACCCGCUCGCUCGGGCUUCCAUCAGAGGCUAAGUCACUUCUCACAAACAUUCACUCACGACAAGCUUAGUCCCAGGAGACAAAAACUUGAUCAAAUUCACCGGAGCUCUCAGUCCUGCCAGACACCGCCCUCUUCGGAUGUUGUAACUAAUUCGGAGACUGCUAGUUGUCCGCAAGUGUCAAAUAAGAAGAAGACCCAACUCCAUCUCCAUCUAACAGCCGUCCUUGAACCCAACAAUUCUUUCCUUCAAUCCUUCACCGAGGAAGUACCUGUUAACGGCAAGUCUCCCUCCCCUCCCCCUCUCUCUUCUUUCUUGGCUCUUUUCCGAUCUAUGAUUUUAAAAUGCACGAAUAUGUAUUCACCGUCUGUUUGUGAGAGCCGACUGAUCCAAUUUGUAGCCGAGGCAACCAUGAAGUCAGUGGCCGCUGUUGCCAAAGAAGAAGAACUUUUAGGCGAAGAUUGGCCUGAAGCCGUUACAGUUUGA